CUGCACAAGCUCCAUCAUUGCCCCAAGGUACCGCCGAGCGUCGAGCUUCGAGCUUCGAGCGUCGAGACACAGUACACAACGCCCACACCACAGAAACAGCUCCCCGCGACGAGCUCUCGGCCAAUCAGCACCGAGCAGAUCACCCCCGCCUUGCACGCCUUCACAACGCCCGCGUCCUCGCACCACCCACUCCUCUUGACGCUCCCUCGGCGUGCACCAAUCCGCCUGUCGCCGCCACCAGCAUGUGUACCAAGGUAGUACACCACUAUAGCUGCGGCCACCAGAUCAUGGAGGAUGCCCCCUGCGCGACGUCAAGAAGCGCCGUCUGUGGCGUGCUCAACACCAAGAACGUCAAACACGACGAGAAGUGCGAUCACUGCGAUCACUGACAGUGUGCCACCGCAGACUUUAUCCGGACGACACCCCAUGACGGCCGGUGGCACGCAAACGGGUGUCGAGAGCAGAGACGCAGGCCGUUCCUCACCUCAGUUCUUCACUCUGCUACUUAGACCUCGGGCCCGGCGGGCUUGACCACUUCCACGAGCCCGCCCACGCACCGUAGGCAGCAUUUCACGGCGUCACGGAGAUAAAAAAGUUCAGGCGUUGGACGGGCAUUGGGACCCACAUGGACCAUCGUGAGUCCGGCGU